AGCCUAUCUAUUAAUUGUACGUAGCCCACCAACAGUGUUCCACCUACCAGUGGUACCUAUUUGAUUUGCUGUUAAAAUUUUACUUUAAAUCUUUAUUCUUUCGUUGUUAUCUUACUAACAUCAUGACAAUUAUUUUGCUACUAAGUUUAUUUUUAAUUUUUAUAAUUUUAAUUUUAAUAUUUACAACGUGUUUCUGUGUUUGGAAAUCCAAGGAACAUAACCGCUUGUACGCAAAAUUACCAUCUAUGCCACAAGGAUAUUUGACUGAUUUAAAAUUAUCGCAAAGGCUAUCUACACUUAAGCCCAAAGAUGUUUUGCCGUUUCUUAGUAGUAUUUUAAAGGAACAUGGAUCAUUGGUUCAUAUUAAUUUAUUGGGUCAUUCAUACGUAUUGUUAAACGAUCCAGACGAUAUAAAAGUUUUAUUAUCCAGUCCACAACAUAUAAACAAAGGACCAGAAUAUGGAUUGCUUAAGCCUUGGUUAAAUAAAGGUCUUCUAACAAGUGGAAGUCAAAAAUGGCAAAUGAGAAGGAAAAUGCUAACAUAUACAUUUCACUUUAAAAUAUUGGAAACGUACAUUUCUUCGUUCAAUAAACAUGCUCAAUGCUUAACAAAAAAACUUGAAAAUAUGGCAUAUAACAACCAACGUGUGUCUAUUUAUACUCAUAUGACACUUUGUGCAUUAGACCUUGUUUGUGACACAAUAAUGGGAACUGAAUUGCGAUCUCAAGAGGGUAAAUCUCUAGAAUACGUUGAAGCAAUAAAUACAGUAACUGAUAUUACGAUUAAACGAAUUUUCAAAUUUUGGCUUUGGAAUGAAAGUAUUUUUAAUCUGAGUCAAAAUGGAAGAGAUUUUAAUAAAUCUCUUAAGAUUUUACAUACAUUUACUGAAAACGUGAUUAAAGAAAAGCGAGCUAAACUUGAAUCCGUUAAUUGUUUAGAAACUGAAGAAUUAAGUUUUGGGAAAAAACGAGUAGAAUCAUUUCUUGAUCUUUUAAUUGGAAUAUCGAAACAAAAUCCAGAAAAAAUGACAGAUAUGGAUAUUAGAGAAGAAGUAGACACUUUCCUAUUUGAGGGACAUGACACAUCGUCAACUGCCAUGACAAUGGCUUUCAUACAAUUGGGAUUAAAUCAAGAUAUCCAAAACUCUGCAAGAGAAGAAUUAUAUUCAAUAUUUGGAGAUAGUGAUAGAGAAGCUACUAUGGCAGAUCUUAAAUCUAUGACAUAUUUAGAUCGAGUAAUAAAGGAAACUAUAAGACUAUACCCAAGUGUUCCUAGUGUUACCAGAAUGCUUAGACAACAUCUUCACAUAAAAGAGUAUGAUAUACCGCCACAGACAGUGGUUGUAGUAGUACCAUAUUUACUUCAUCGCGAGGAAAAACAUUUUCCAAACCCUUUGACAUUUGAUCCCGAUAGAUUUUUACCUGAAAACAGUUUCAAUAGACAUCCUUAUGCCUUCAUACCAUUCAGUGCUGGUCCAAGAAAUUGUAUUGGUAAUUAAUGAUAUUUAUAUGGAAUAAUAUUAUAAUAUAUUAAUUUUUUUUAUGAAUUAUUUUUUUUUAGGACAAAAAUUUUGCCAUGCAUCAAAUGAAAACUAUAAUAUCGACUGUUAUAAGAAAAAUGAAAAUUGAAACGUUAGGAAGUCAAGAUGACAUUAAAAUAAGCGCACAACUGAUUUUGCGACCAGAAUCAUUACCUGAUAUCAAACUGACUAAGAUUAAAUAAUUUUUUUAUUAGUAAAAUUGUUGAUGUAAAUAUUUAUAUUAUAAAUUAUUCUAUUUGUUAUACAAUACAAAAUAUUAUUAGAAAACAUAUUCAGUACAGACAGGGUUGCGCAAGAUAUCCUAAAAAAGUAUAUAAGGUAUAUUUAUUUUUAGUUUCUAAACAAGAUACUCUAAUCUUACAAAUUUAAAUGAAUGGAGAGGAUAUGUGUAAAAACUAUAAAGAUACAAUAUCUUUGACAUUUUUAACAAAAUUUUAUUAAAUGUAUUAAAAUUCAAAAUUUUUAUUCAAAAUUAAUAAUUGAUGCAGUCGGCCAUAGGCGAAACUAGGGGGCUACAGCCUCUUACAAAACUAUUAAUUUAAAAUAACCCAUAGGGAGGUUAUAUCUAAAUCAAUAAGGGAUAUUUUUUUUAGUUUUUUUUUGAGGGGGACUUAAUCAUAGUCAGGAGAGGCCUAAGCCCUUAUUAGUUUUGUCACUGGGGCCGGCAUUAUACUAUAACUAUAAUUUGAUUAUAGUGAGAGGGUGGGGGUGUCAUAAACCUUAAAAUAGACUAGUUAAAAUCCAAAAAUAUAUAUAUAGUUAUACUUGCUUUUUAGAUAUUGCCCAGCCCACAGUAUAUGUAUUUAGUUUAAAACUCAAAUUGAAUUAUUUGUUUUUAGGUAAAUUAUUAUUAUGAUUAUUAUAGUAAACAGAGAUUAAUUUA